AACACACAGUUAUAGAGAGAGAAACAAAGAUAGAGAGAGAAAUGUCGCCGGAGAAGACAACCGACGGUACCGGAAAACCGAAGUUUCCGUCGAUCAUAACCUGCGAUCUCGCCGCCGAAAAGAAUCGUCAAUCAAUCGCAGCUGAUCUCGAUGGAACGUUACUGAUAUCCAGAUCAUCAUUCCCUUACUUUAUGCUAGUAGCAAUCGAAGCCGGAAGUCUUUUCCGUGGUCUCAUUUUACUCCUUUCAUUUCCAAUAAUCGCCAUAGCUUACGUCUUCAUUUCUGAAGCUCUAGCGAUUCAGAUGCUGAUCUACAUCUCCUACGCUGGACUCCGUGUCCGUGACAUCGAACUCGUCUCCCGCGCAGUCCUCCCGCGAUUUUACGCAGCGGACGUUCGUGCGGAGAGUUUUCAGGUGUUCAGUAAAUGCAAUCGGAAGGUUGUAGUUACUGCGAAUCCGACGAUAAUGGUGGAUGCUUUCGUGAAGGAAUAUCUAGGUGGAGAUAAGGUUCUAGGAACUGAAAUCGAAGUGAAUCCGAAGACGAGGAGAGCAACUGGAUUCGUGAAGAAGCCGGGAGUUCUAGUUGGAAAAUUGAAGAAGAUUGCAAUUCAGAAGGAGUUUGGUGACGAUUCACCUGAUAUAGGGAUCGGCGAUCGUGAAUCUGAUCAUGAUUACAUGUCCAUUUGCAAGGAAGCAUACAUGGUGCACCCAGAUAAAUCAGCACGUCCAAUCCCAGCCAGUGAACUAAAGACCCGAAUCAUAUUUCAUGACGGUCGUUUAGUCCAAAGACCAACCCCACUAAACGCACUCUUAACCUUCAUCUGGCUCCCAUUCGGUUUCAUCCUAUCCCUAAUCCGCGUUUACGGCAAUCUCCCCCUCCCAGAACGCAUAGUGCGUUACACAUAUCGUCUCCUCGGCAUCAAUUUAAUAAUCAAAGGAAACCCACCACCCCCACCUUCCCCCGGGACACCAGGAAACCUCUAUGUCUGCAACCAUCGAUCACCACUCGACCCAAUUAUAAUAGCUAUAGGUUUAAAACGCAAAGUCUCAUGCGUUACCUACAGCGUAAGUAAACUCUCUCGUUUCAUGUCACCAAUCCCGGCCGUAGCUUUAACGCGUGACCGCGAGAAAGACGCGGCCAUGAUUAAAUCUAUUCUGGAAAAGGGAGAUUUAGUUGUGUGUCCAGAAGGUACGACUUGUAGAGAGCCGUACCUUCUUCGAUUCAGCGCUUUGUUUGCUGAAUUGAGCGAUAGGAUUGUGCCGGUUGCGAUGAAUUACAAGGAGAAUAUGUUUCAUGGGACUUGUGCUAGGGGAGUUAAGUUUUGGGAUCCUUAUUUCUAUUUUAUGAAUCCUAGACCGACUUAUGAGAUAACUUUUUUGGAUAAGUUGCCGGCGGAGAUGACUUGUAAUGGGGGUGGGAAAUCGGCGUUUGAUGUGGCGAAUCAUGUUCAGAAGGUUUUGGGUGGGGUUUUGGGAUUUGAAUGUACUCAAUUGACUAGGAAAGAUAAGUAUAUGUUGUUGGGUGGGAAUGAUGGGAAGUUGGAAUCUAUGUAUUCUAAAUAAAUAAGAUUAUUAUUAGCUAUUAAUUGUAAGGCUAUAAAAGCCCUAGUAUUGUUCUUUUUUAUUGGGUGUAAUGUUUAUGAACUAUGUUAUUUGUAUGGUAUUACUUGCCUUGAUCUAUAAAACCAGGUCAU